AUUUACUAUUCCCUUACUUUUACUUCAGUUGAUAAAACAAUGAGUCGUAUCUUUCUUGUGUUACUCUGUUUUUAUGUAAUACAUGGACUGCCCCCACUGACACAGGAACAGGAAGAACUAGUAAGGCAUCAUGGAAUUAAAGUCUUAUCCUUAUCGGGAAAUAAUACAACAAAUCAUCAUGGCAAACGUUUGGCUCUGAAGUAUAAAUACGUUGGGGCCAAUGGUAACGUUCAGAACACGCGCUAUGGAGGGGAUUGGUUGACUGUGGAGGCUACCUCGGCCGUCAGUGAUAGGGGACACUACCUAGCGGCGCUGGUCGCGGCUAGGAUGACCAAACAUAUGCCCACUUCUAUCUUCAGCACACUAGCCAGAUACGCAAAGAUCUCUGUGUUUGCUCAUGGUCAGGAUACAACUAUCUUCCCUGAGUUUGUCGCUGAGAGGGACACCAGUUGGUGUCGUAAUACAUGUGCUGGUUCCUGCUACUCGACAUGCACGGUUGAUGGUCGUAAGUACACUACCCUGGCCGGAGUGGGAGGAAAGACCUGCAGUGUCCUGGAGGAUAACCUUUUGUGCGAUGCUUAUGAUCCUUAUCGCCACACUUACAACGUCCUAGUUCACGAGUUUGCGCACACAGUCCACAAACACCUGCCAACAUCUAUAAGGAGUCAGAUUACGGCGGCCUAUAAUAACGCCCGUUAUCACAGUCUCUGGACUGCCAGCUCCUACGCCAUGUCUGAUGAACGUGAGUACUGGGCUGAGGGGGCAGGGUCAUUCUUCAUGGUGGACAAACAUCCAACGGCUACCGGAGGAAUGAACACAUGUGGACACACCCAUUGUCAGACAGAACAGGAAGCCCGUUAUUACAUUUACCAGAAGGACUCUAAGCUGUACUACGCCCUGUCCUACGUCUAUCUUAACUACCAAUAUACAGUGCCAUCAAAUCUGGCAUCUUGUGUCACCGGAUAAUAUUAAAACAUUAUAUGAUUCUAGUUUUUUCCCUUAAUUCUUGACUUAGCUACACGAAAACUCGUAUCAUUCUGUUCAACAAUGACUACUAUGACUGCUAAUACUUAAUUCAAUAUCAACAGAUUAC